GUUCAAUCAUUAACCUUGUCAGACUGAAAAAUAUCACUUAAUUAGAUCCUCUGCUUCAAAGAUCUUCUCGAGCUUUAAACCCGUUGCUUCUUAGAUCUUCUUGAAUAUUAAAAACUCUGUUUAAUAGUAAUACUAAUAGUCAAUCGCCACCAAAGAAAAAGAAAAAAAAACUAAUCAAAGAAGGAGAAAGAAAGAAAGAAAGAAAGAAAGAAUGGUUGAAAGGAGUGAGAAGGGUAAAGACAUGGAAUUUUUCAAGGUUUGUCUUCCAGAGUUCAGUUCUCGGAAACUGGUGAUACCUCCAGCAUUCGUAAACAUCUUAGAGAAGCCAUUACCUAACCAAGUGGUACUAUUAGAUGAGAUCGGACGUUUGUGGAAUGUGGAGACAAAGACUGAAGAAGGAGUUGGUGAUGUUGUUUUCAAAAAAGGUUGGGAAAAAUUCGCAAACGAUCACUCUCUCGAGUUUGGAGACUUUCUUGUGUUUAGCUACGACGCCGUUUCAAGAUUUUCCGUUAAGAUAUUCGAUAAGAACGGAUGUAAAAAAUAUCUCGUUGCCGUUACAACGGCGGAUAGAUCUAGGGUUGCUGUUGAGAAAGAACCGGUUCUUGUUAAACCGGUUGAUGAUAUUUCUACAAAACGUUGUGGCAAGAGUCGGAAACGCGUUCCGGUUAAGGAAGAGCCUAGUGGUAACCGGGUUAAAGAUCCUUGUGAGAUGGGAUGUGUUCCUGAGAAUAAGAAACACAAAGGAUUUGAGGAACCGAAUUAUAAACCGAAGAAUCCACAUUUUGUGAGGAAUAUUACACUCUGUUUUCGUCAGAUGGAAAUACCAACAUCUUUUCUGAAAUGGAACGGGAUCGAAAUGGAGGAAGACUUUGAGCUAUGUGAUGAAAAUGGAAAGAAGUGGCCAAUGAAGGUUGUGAUUCACGACAGAGGACAAAGGUUCUCCCCUGGUUUGUGGUUGAGUUUCUGCCGAAGCCAUAAGUUGAGCACGUCCAACAAGUGUUUAUUUGAGUUCAUCGUGAGAAGUGAUGGGACUUGCAACCAGGUUUUAGUUCGUAUCUUCCGUGGGAGAAUGCUUACUACUGUUACCAUAAAUGGUUACCAAGUUCUUGUUAUGUAACCUUUAACAUUCAGCAGUACUACUACGUUAUGUUCGGUUAUUUCAUGAAUCUUUGUGUUACUGUUGUUUCUUAGUUGCAUGCACUAGAUACCAAACCAUAAAUAGUCUGAUCGCUGCGAUUAAAAAUAUUGAUAGUGCGGUUUAAAUGACUAUAAGCUAUCAAACAAUAUAUUUGAUACAUUUUUGAUGUUUGCCAUACUUUUUACCACACUUAACUAUACAAUUUUUACAAAACCAACAGCAUGGCUAAAUUAUCCAAAGCGGUUUUGAUUGGUGAUAUAGUAAACGAUGGGACUGUAUUUUGGAACAUAAAAAUAUAUGGGCUUAAACAAUGUAUUACCAUUUUCUAUUAUUCUAAACAUCCAUUGAUUAAGUUCCCACGUUUAGAAAAAAUGCUUUAUAUCUCUACAAUGAACACUAAAAUAUAGUUAAAAACAUAGUCCGUUACAUAUUAGUCAUAUUUUCAAAUAAAAAAUUGUUUAUAAGAAUAUCCGUUUUUCACAUAUAACGUAAGGCAUUAAGAAAGCGCUAAACAGAAGGAGAUUGAGUCACUCAAUUCUAAAGCAGAUAUGGCACGUAGGAGAGCACAUAGUUUGUUGUGUCUCUUUCAUUCCAUACCAAUGAAAAAAGCCAAAAUCAGCCACCGGUUUCCAAAUAAACCAAUGGAACUGGCCCAAUGUAUAAUCUAUUCGCCCACUUUGUUUUUUUUCUCAAAGAUAAAAACAUUUUCUAAUACGUAUACAACUUACGAUAUCUGAAUGCGAAGUUUCACCAAUCCAUUAUAUGCUUUGUGUGUAUAAAUAUACAGACGAGUGUGUGUUGUUACAGACUCAAACAAUAUCUUCUUUUGUUCCAUCAACAAAAAAAAACCUGUCCAGAGAUUUCUGUUUUCCUUUUCUUUUUUUCUUAUAAUGGAGUUUGUGAUUUCUAAACGAGUCCAAUAUGAGGAAGUAGCAGCUGAGCGUUUAAAAGAGGAACAAGUGUCCAAGGAGCUACAUCUGAAAUCGUCUCAAACGCAGACGCUGAACAAAAAAGCCGUCCUCAACCGCAUCCGCAAUCACAAAUGUAUUCAUAACCUCAAGAGUCUUCUUCAUACUACUGCUCCUAAGAGGGGUUCCACCGUCGAUGCUGAGUACCGGUGGAUUGAUAGUGGUGAUAUAUUUUCUUGUCCAUGAGAUGUACAAGAGACUUUAGCACGUGUACAUGUAUGUUUGUCUCUACAUGUAUCCAAACUAAUUCAAGUUGUCUUAAAUGAAUUUGGUAUUGAUCA